UGUGGGGACAGGGGGAAAAUAAAGCUCCCGCCAUCCGUCUACACCACCUCGUACCCAGCCCGGGAGAUCCAGCACGCUGCCAGGCCCCGGCCCUCGCACGGGGGAGGUGUUCGCACUAUCAGAGGGGAUGGACAGCCCUACUACGACACUUCUUACCAAGCGCAGUUUCAGGGUGAAUGGAGUCCACCUCCAAAGCCAAGUGUGCAGCAGAAGUCUGCUGUUAAAUUUGGGGAUCCCGGAAGCAGUGAAUCUGUGAGCGAGCAGAAACGUGCCUUCAGUGCCCCAGAGCAGACGACACACAGAGUCUAUGACAAAGAAUAUGCCGCCUCCCAGAUCCACCGCACGAACCUGCAGCUAGGGGACGGUCGCACCAGAUUCUCCACCUUGAUGUCAGAGCACUUCCCAGCGCACAGCCCAGAGCCUGUUGCUACCACCCAUCCAAACAAAUACGCCUCAUCCAUCCCAAGAGGCGAUGAAGACCCAGAGAGAAAUCAAGCGUUGGCAGGAACUACUACUACACGGCUCUCCUACCCAGAGACUGCCGGGUGGAACCUCACACCAAAGCCUGACGUGCUGCUUCAGAAACAUCAAAGCACCGUCUGCUUGGGAGGUGAGCGUUCAGGCUCCCGAUUCUUCAGCACAACGCAGCAGUCAGACUACCAGCCACCCCACCAGAGCCAGAGGGUGAUGGCAGACGGCAAGAGCCACCGCAAGAGCCACAUCCCCUUCAACUACCAUAAUGGAAGUUCUGUCACGACCACACAGGCCAUGCUGGUCCCACACAGACAGCAGAAACAGCGGCUCUCCGAAGACGUGCUCCAGCAGAUCAAAUGCUCGCACCUGGAGCUACCCUGGAGGGCGCAGGACCUCUUCAGGACCGAGCAUAAAGACAACUUCACGCCCAAGUCCAGCGGCCCAGCAGAAAUCCAAAAGGGAAGCUGCCAAGUGAGCUGUGUCCCCCUGGGGACCCUGAAAGGCUACCGGCCCCGAAAGAAGGGUCGCAGCGUGGGGCUCAACACCGUCUACCGCGACUACACAGCCUACCAGACCUUCCUCUACCGCCGCCGCCAGCUCAUCCCCG